CUCAUAAUGGGCUGGUACUUAUCGUGUGAUAUUCAGUUUUUCGUCAUUGGAGUUAUUGUCGUUUACGUUCACACGAAAAACCCAAAAUACGGAAUCGCAUUGCUUGGCACAAUAAUUGGUUUGUCGAUAUCCGUGCCAUUCAUAAUCACUCUUUUGACGGGAAGAGAUGGAAUGGAUAAGUUUCCUUCAACACACCUAUUGUUAAUAAGACAAGUUUUAUUGUUGAAGUCGUACCGACCAAGUUACAUGCGGGCCAGUCCAUUCUUUAUAGGCUUAGCCAGUAGCUUUCUAGUGGAAAAACUGAAGGAAAAAAAAAGUGAAAUUUUCACAAACGGUGGUUCACGGUGGAACAUUUGCUAUUUUAUCGUUUGCUUUAUGGGCUCAGUUUUACGGGGUCGUAUUCUAUGCCAGAAAUAGACCUUAUUAUCCAUUGGAACAUGCCUUGUACUCAACUAUCUACCAUUGUACGACGACAGUAGUGAGUGCAUGGGUUGCUAUAAGUUAUUUCACGUCUGGCUACGGUUUACUUGAACAUUUGUUUCACAGUAGAUUUGUUGCAAUCAUGGGAAAACUCGCAUACCCUAUUUUGUUGGUGAACAUCUCUGUUAUGCUAACAUCUCAGAGUUCGCAGAGAUUACCCAUUUAUCUAUCGUCAAGAUAUGUGUUUGAAACUUUUCUCUAUGGUUCAUUCAUGUGUUAUAUGAUGGCCAUCAUCUUAUAUUUGAUUGUUUAUGAGCCGUUUGCGAAAUUGACCAAAAAUCUGUUAAAAGGAAAAGUUCAAUCUCGUCGAUCAAGAAUGGAAAAUCGAUCGAAAAAACAGCCACCUGCUGCAGUAAAACUGUUAAAAAAAACUUAACUAUCUCAUAAUAGGUAGUGGGUCAAUUAUGAAAUGUUACCAAUUAUAUUAUAAUAUAUGAUAACAUAUAGUUUAUACAAAUAUUGCAAGUAAGUUAUGCUCGUGUGUAUCGUAAUAUGGAACAGGUAUAAGAAACAUGUUGUAUUAUCUAUACUAGUUUUUACUUAUUUAUCUGUUCAUUUCUUGUUUUGUAAACUUGUUUCUGGUAAAAUCUUUCUUCCUUUUUUUUUUAAAUGCUCUAUAUGUCAUAUUAUCAUACAUUAUAUCCGUUUUUGUAUUUUGAAAAUUAAAAAGACUUAAUUGCAGAUAUUUUAUGGUACCUAUUGUGUUUAUACUUAAUUUAUUUUGUAAAUUAGUCAAUGUUAUUUCACUUAUUUAUUUAUUUUUUAUUAAUGUAACAAUAUAUUAAUAAACACAUUAUAUUUUUAUAUUCAUUGAUAGUUAAUCUGCAGGUUAUUACGGCAAUAUCCUUCAAUCUC